CUAAAAGUGGUAAACAGGGCUAGAAUGUGGGAACAAUUGUUGUAAGCAUUUUUAUUGAUAUUUUACUAGCAUUUUCUUGUGUUGUACGCUUAUUCGGUAAUGAAAAUGGCAAUUUUGGCGAAAAAUUACAACAAAAAAAGUUUCUUUAUAUUUGAGCUCAACAGUGACUCCUCUCGGCAUUGAUGAUUUUAUUUAUUUUACAUGAAUGUUAGCUAUUAUUCCCUUGAACUUCAGCCGAAUGUCUUCACACUUUGCCAUUUUAUUAUUACAAAUAUAGCUCUUCAUAAAGUAUAGCAGUUUUUAUCAUGUUAAAUUGGGGGCUAAGCAACUUCAAAGUAAUUUAUAAACAAUUCCUGACUAUUUUAUGUCUCGAAACACCAAUCAGAAACCGAUUAUUCUGCAAUCCACUUUUUAUUACCGGACAUAAAAUUCGGGAAAUUUUUCACUCAAAAGAGUAUCAGAACGCAACUGCCAUUUACUGACGGGAUUCUUAUGCAUUGAUGUACCUCCUUUCGAUGAGUUAAAUGUCAGCAGACGUUAACCCGUAUUUGUUAAAUAAAUCUAGAACUUUCUUGUAGCGCAUGCGUACCUCCAAUGACGGAACUGUGAUGACAAAUUUCGCAGGAGGGUCCACGGCAGCCCUGGCUGUUGGAGCGAGUGAGACGGGUCUGCCCGUCCUAACCCCUCGGCUGAAAUGAAGAGCCAACAGAAAAGCCCGGAGCCAGAGGGGAGUAUCACUGUCAACGAGGAAGGCUCUGUAGCUACAGCAGAAGAUCCGGCCGCCAUCGCUGCCAUUCAGUCUGCCGCCACCUUCACAGACCCACAGAUCAAAUAUCAAGUCUUCAAGACAGAAGGAGCUGGUGGGCAGGUGACCUACAGAGUGAUCCAGGUGUCAGAUGGCCAGCUGGAGGCCCAGACAGAUGGAGCUGCGGCGGUCAGUCUGGUCGCUGGUUUCCCAGCAACCACACAGACUGUCACACAGGCGGUCAUCUCUCAGCCAGAAGGGCUGGAAGGGGACGGCAGCGCUGAGGCCCAGUAUGCCUAUUACCCGGCCUCCAUUGCAGAAGCCUCUGCUGGCACCAUGGUAACCACAGUGCAAGCUACUGACACUCUGCUGGGCCAGACCACCCCAGCAGGUCAGCUUUAUGUGAUGAUGUCACCCCAGGACGUUUUAACCGGAUCCAGUCAGAGGACGAUAGCACCGCGCACUCAGCCAAAGCAGGAAGCUCCUCGGGGCUCAAGGGAUGAAAAACGGCGAGCGCAGCACAACGAAGUCGAGCGGCGGCGCAGGGACAAGAUCAACAACUGGAUUGUUCAGCUUUCAAAGACCAUCCCAGAGUGUAACAUCGACUACACCAAGACAGGCCAGAGUAAAGGGGGGAUCCUCUCAAAAGCCUGCGAUUACAUCAAAGAGCUGAGACAAAGCAACAUGAAGCUGGGAGAAGAUAUCAGCGUUCUGGAACGACUGCGGGUCGACAACCAACUACUACGACAGGAAGUGGAAAACUGGGAAUCCAAGAAUCAGAUCCUGAGGAACCUUUUGCGACAGCAUGGCAUUGUUGGGUCAUCGAGCUCGGACCCUCAGUGAAGCCUGUUGCCAGUGAAGUAUUUGAAGAUGAAUCCACACGGGCCAAAAGAGUACUUGAAAUGCUUAUAAAAUAUGUAUCUUGUCAUUGAGCAUGCACAAUAUGGGUUAAUUAUUAGAAUAUUGUUUUGAAUAUUCACAUCCACCCUUUGUGAAAUUUUCCAGAUUGUUGUUUUUUAAGCUCUCAACAAUUAUGUAAUUUACCUAGGAAUUCUAACAUUAUUUUUUAACUUAAUGUGCCUGCAGCGUAUGUUUUUUUUUGUUGUUUUUUUUUAUCAGAUUCAGGAAAGCUCUUCUUGAUGCCUUUUACUAUGAGCAUGUAUGAUCGAUCAUUCAACUCCAGUACAGGAAGCUCUUCUUAUGCUUAAACUCUGUUGUACUUACUAUAAACAGCACUCAUUUUAAUGUC